GUUUGGUCAAUCACUUCAUUGUACUACAGGUAUGAGUGUCCGUGGGAUGAGGUCCCUUCUGUUGGUGCCUCUUCUGCUGGUCCUGGCAGCAGGAAGUGAUGUCGCUGGACCAGAGGUGGACAGGAAGCCCAACUUUGUCCUGAUGAUGGUGGAUGACCUGGGGAUCGGUGAUAUUGGAUGCUAUGGUAAUGACACUAUCAGGACGCCCAACAUUGACAGACUGGCUUCUGAGGGGGUGAAGCUGACUCAGCAUAUUGCAGCUGCUCCUCUCUGCACCCCGAGUCGGGCCGCUUUCAUGACAGGACGAUAUGCUCUCCGUUCAGGAAUGGGCAGCACAGGUCGUGUCCAGGUACUGCUGUUCCUCGGAGGUUCGGGGGGGCUCCCACCGAGUGAGACCACUUUCGCUAAGAGGCUACAGCAGCAGGGAUACACCACCGGUCUAGUGGGUAAGUGGCAUUUGGGUGUUAACUGCGAACACCGUGGGGACCACUGUCACCAUCCCAACCAGCACGGCUUCAACUACUUCUAUGGUCUGCCGUUCACUCUGUUCAAUGACUGUGUGCAUGGAAAUGGGAGUGACGUCCUGGCAGAUCUUCAACACACACUCCAAAAUCUGACCCUGCUGCUUGGAGUCGGACUCGCAACAUUAGUGUGUGUCCAUAUGUUUGGCCUUUUGGAAGUCAACCUACGGCUCCUGGUAGCACUUAUUCUCCUCAGUGUCAUCGCAGCUGCUGUUUGGUAUUUGCCCUUUAAACUCCUGCCGACCUGGAACUGUAUCAUCAUGAGGAACCAAGAUGUGAUUGAACAGCCAAUGAGAGUGGAAACGGUUCCCCAAAGGCUGCUGGGAGAAGCGCAGAAUUUUAUAAAGAGGAAUGCACACCACCCUUUCCUCCUCUUUUUCUCAUUGGUACAUGUCCACACACCACUCUUUAAAACCCCUGGCUUUGCGGGUAGAAGUCGUCAUGGUCCUUAUGGUGACAACCUCGAAGAAAUGGACUGGAUUAUUGGCAAACUGACAGAGACAGUGGACUCCCUCGGCCUGGCCAAUAACACCCUGAUGUACUUUACAUCAGACCACGGCGGACAUCUAGAGGAUAGUGAUGCAAGAGGUCAAAAAGGAGGAUGGAACGGCAUCUAUAAAGGUGGGAAGGCUAUGGGAGGCUGGGAGGGCGGGAUCAGGGUCCCUGGUAUUUUCCGCUGGCCGAGUAGGCUGACCCCUGGGAAAGUGGUAGAUGAACCCACCAGCCUCAUGGAUCUGUACCCUACACUCAAAUAUCUUGCAAAGGACACUGAACCAGACAGACAUCUCGACGGUUAUAACCUCAUGCCACUGAUGGAGGGGAAAGCUGAGCGAUCUGAGCAUGAAUUUAUGUUCCACUACUGUGGCGUCUACCUGAAUGCAGUAAGAUGGCAUCCGCCUGGCAGUGAUUCUGUCUUUAAGGUUCACUUUUUCACACCCAACUUUUCUCCUCCGGGAGCGGGCGGAUGUUACAACACAAAGGUCUGCUUGUGUCACGGAGAGCAUGUAACACACCACAACCCGCCCCUGCUCUAUGACCUUUUCUACGACCCCUCCGAGUCCCGUCCAUUGACCUCCGAUACUGAGCCGCGUUAUUCUGAAAUCCUUGAGCGAGUUGCGAAAGCGGUGGAGAGCCAUCAGAGUACCCUCGCAGACAAACGAAGCUCUGAUAAUCAUUCACAAGGUAACGCUCAUGAACACAGUGUUUCCAGUCAGAUGACUUGGGAUAAGAUUCUGUGGAGACCCUGGCUUCAACCCUGCUGUGGGACCUUCCCGUUCUGUGGCUGCAAAGAAGAAACAGCACAUAGUUAAGAGAAAAACCCAACUGUGAUACUCUGAAACAGCUUUGGCUUGAAUAUAGUGUUUUAUAAAUGGAAGGCGUCCACAUUCAUGACGUUUAAGGAUGAUACAGAGGUUUUGUUUCAGAUAUUCGACUUGAAAAAUCGUGUUAAAAUGGACAGGAAAAAAAAUAUAACUAUGAAAUGGUGCUCUGUUGUGUGUAUUCUUACAGUUUACAAGUCACAUGAAGGAGAAAUAUUUAUCAUUAACUGAAGGAUUUGUUCAAUGACUACUGUGCCAUUUUGAAAAGAAGCAUUUCUGCAGAAUAAAUGAAACAGUUUUUCAUGAUCAAAGACAACGGCUUUAACUGUGUCACCGUGAAUGUAUUGUAGCAGUACACACAGAAGCUCAGUUGUUUGUGUUUCUAUGACUAUGUGCUGACUGAGAUGAUAUCUGCAGUCUGUGUGUUGACUUUCUCUGUAUUUUAUGCAUCCGUCUCAGGGCAAGAGUCCAACAUUGACUGAAAACAGCAGCGAUAUUCUUGAAGGUAGUUGUGAUUGUGAACCAUUAGAGGGCAGAGUCAGACUGUGUUUGUUCUCUUUGGUGUGUUCGUUUGUGUGUAUGUGCAUGGAUGUGACAGACGAGGCACAGAGAAUGGGAUAAGAGGCUCAGUGUGGAAAAAAUGAUAAACCUGAGCAUUUUACAUAUAUUUUUGCUGCAUUAAAAAGCAGUGUACAUUGUUUUUUUCUACACAUAUAGAGGACCUUGUAAAAGCAAUUGACAGGUUCAUUGUUCACAUGAUAUUAAAGGUAAAGCA